GCUGCGGCCCUGCCACCCCCGCAUGUCUCUCCCGCUCACUACUGAUGUGGUGUUGCUCUCCGCCAAAUGAGGGGGAUGUCUCAAUCCCGCCUUGUUAUGUGCAGAUCUAUACCUGUCACUGUCCUAGUUCGAAAUACGUGGACGAUAUAGUCUGUGAUCAUGUUACUAUUCCCAGCAUCAGGCCUCCAGUGCUUAGGCGGAUGCGACGGAUCAUAGCAGCACAUUGACCAGGUAGGUCAUAUUCAAGGCAACCGCCGAGCGAGGCUACCUUCAAUAAUCCACCGCUUUGAUCAAGUAAAGGACGAGAGAAAGCUAUAUAAACCGCUCCUCGGACACUUCACAUUGCCUGCUCAUCAAGUUCAUGACGCACAUCCUCUUACCCACGCAAUCAAUAAACCAAGAGUAACAACCUCUUCAUACUCUCCCAGCCCAGACAAUAUUCGUCACUCCAAAAUGAAGUCAUUCGCAUCUGCUCUGGCUGUUCUCAGCGUCUUCUACACCUCCGCCCUAGCCUCUCCAGUCGAGACCACUACCGAGGCCGCCGAGGCCGUCAGUGUGUCUGUCUCCUACGACACUGUGUUUGAUACCGGCAGCCAGUCGAUCGACACUGUCUCUUGCUCCAACCUCAACUACGCGACCUUUGCCGACAUCCCGGGCUUCCCCAACAUCGGAGGUGCCCCCACCGUGUCGGGCUGGGGCAGUCCCAACUGCGGAAAGUGCUACCAGCUGACCUACGGUACCACCUCGAUCUACGUGACGGCCAUUGAUGCUGCCCCCGGUGGCUUCAACAUUGCCGAGGCGGCCAUGAACAGCCUGACUAACAACCAGGCCGUUGCGCUGGGUCGGGUUACAGCGACCUACACCGAGGUGGAUUCAUCAUUCUGUGCAUGAGCGGUCGGAGGCUGCGAGCUUGGGUCUUUUCCGUCUAAUUGGGUUGUGUGUCAAGUGAUGGGAUGAUAUGUCAUAUUUCCGUCGU